CCUUUUGUUUUCUUUUUAUUUUUCUUCUUUCAUUUUACAGUUUAUUUUGCUUCGUCUUUCGUUCUGUUCCAUAUUUCUGGUAACUCAUCGGUUUCAUCCACCUUCACUUCAGAUUCCAGGAAAAUCAGGUGUGUAUCUUAACUUAGCUAUGAGUGAUACCAAACCAGAUAUAUUUUUGCAGAAACAAGCACUCAAAAUGUCGAACCCUUCAGAUGAAAGUGGCAAGGAACCAAACCUUGGUAAUGAUCCUCCUAAAGGUGAAGUAAAUGAUGCCCUUCCUGCAGAAGAUCCAAAGGGUGCAGAAGAAGAAAGCCAAGAUCCAUCUCUAGCGGAGCAGGAGGAACUAAUGAAGAAAAAAUAUGGUGGAUUAGUGAAAAAGAAACCUCCAUUGAUAACUAAGGACCAUGAACGUGCUUUUUUCGAUUCUGCAGACUGGGCACUAGGAAAGCAAGGGGGACACAAGGCCAAAACACCUGCUGAGGCACUUCGCCCGAAAUUGGAGCCGACACCACAUCAGCAACUUCGUACUCGUCUCUCAGCUUCUAAACUGACAGAUACUGGUGAAGAUGGUAGCAACAACGAUCUUGACCAGCUAGAUGAUGAGCAGAGCGGAAUACCAGCAGCGGAUGGUGAGAAUAAGUCUUAGAUCAGAGGCAGCUGGACCAAAACAUUCUUGAGCAUCCUCAUCAAAGUUCCCUGCUGAAUUGAACUGAAAGUGGUGUUGUAAAUCAGGCUAGCUACUUAUAUAGAGGUAAAAAAGAAGAAUAAUUGCUCAUGUGGCGAAUUUUUGUACUGAGAUUAGAUUUGUUGUCCUAUACUGAGCUGAUUUCCUUGCAUAAAAUUCAGAAAACUUCCUUGUCUGGCUGUGCUAUGAUAUAUUGUACCUUUUUGGUGGUAAAAGUUCUACAUUGAUCCAUGCUAUAAUGAAAUGUUGAAGACAUACACUAUGCAAUAUUAAUGUCUUUUCCUUUUGGUA